AUGGCAGCGGUGGUGGCACGCUUGGCGCAGAUCACGGAGGAACAUCCCUAUCUGAAGCCCACCGGCACUGAGCCCACACCACACCAGCUCCUCUACUUCGUCCGCAGGUGUCGCGAGUACAUCAUUAUGCGGAACUCCCAAGAGGCGCUCAGCUGCAUCGAACGCAUCCAGCGCAGCUUAAAAUACGAGAUUGCACAAAUCCGGGAUGCCUUCCGGAGGUUUGAUCACGAUGGCUCCAACUACUUGGAUCAGAACGAGUACAAAUACCUUUGUGCCUAUUUAGGCUGGGGUGAAGAGGAAGCCCGGCUCAUGGAUUUGGACGCGGAUCAGAAGGUGACCUUCGAGGAGUUCCAGCUCUUCGUGGGACACAUGGGCGGUUUGGCGCAGCUCUUUGAGCAUCGGCGGCAAAGGGUGGCCAGCAAAAACUGGGGUGAGGAUGCGCCAGCUGUGGUGGAGGUUGGCGCUCGCAUUAGAGCCUUCUACUACACGCAGGACGGUAAGAAGUCGUCCACUUGGAGAGAGGCGCAAGUCCUGGAGCUCAAUGUCAUGCCGGAGAACGGCGUGAGGCUGCUCUUUGGUUUCGGAGAGGAGUCGGAUGGCAAGGCCGAACGUCAGGUGGUGCCUCCCAGCUGGAUCUUCUACGACUCCCGCGAUAGCGAGGUGGUGGCGGCACUGCGGGAGGUUGGGAUCCUGGAGGAGCAGCAAGCCUUUUGGGCUUCGAUCUUCCCACAAUCUGAGAUGCGUGCAGUGGCGUCCCUGGUGCCGUGCCAGCGCAAGGCCUUGGCGCAUGUGCGGGCCAAUGCAGCGAUGAACCACGAGAAGGCGCUACCAGAGGUGCGGGAGCGCUUUGCAGAGCUGGGCUACGGGGAAGAACAACUGCAGGCAGUGCUGGGCUGGAUUCAGGACCUGGCGCCGAUGUGCAUCCACGUGCACAUUGACAACGUGGGCCGGUUCCUUGAAACAGACGAAUUCUACCGCAACCAGUUCGAGACGGGAACUUCUUGUGGCGCCCUUGAUGAUGGCAACAUCAUCCGAAAGGGCUGGGAGAAGGAGCUCUUUGGGGGUUGCUAUGAUGACUCGAAGCCCUUCGAGCGUUGCAAGUACGGAGCCUUGAGCGUAAUGAACGACUAUAGAGGAGUCCUCAGUGCGUACCAAUAUGGAGACUCCUACUUGGUCUUGAAGGACGUCCGCUUGCGCACCACCUUUGCCGCCACCGACUCAGGGGGCAUUGCAGGAUCAAGACUGGCUGUGCUGGACAAGUACGCUCAUGUGCUCCAGGAGUACGAUGAUCGCGAACUUCGGGAGCUGGUCGAGGUGGCCUUGGCCAAUACCUCGCUCACCGACGUGGGCGUCUCUCAGCCCCGGCUGCUGCGUGGCAUGAGCUCCGACUGCGCCGCCGAGUGGAUCACGGUAGGCUUCCCAGACUUGCCGCAGAAGAAGGGCCGCUACUACUUCGAGGUGGAGCUGCUUCGUGGCUGCCGAUCGGCACAAGUGGGCUUCCUCUCCAACCAGUUUAUCAUCGCGCCCAAGACGGUGGGCUACAACGGGGGUGUGGGUGAUGAUGACUAUGGCUGGGGAGUGGAUGGACAGCACGCACUUCGAUGGCACGGUGGAAACAAGCUACCCUGGGACAGGUAUUGGUCGGUCUCGCAGAACGAUCCCAUGGAAUUGGAGAAGGACAUCACCGUGGGCGUGGCGAUCGACAUCGACUCGAGGAUGAUCUGGUUCGCCUCGAACGGCGAGUGGGAUGCGGAGAAGUCGCCCUCCUUUGGCCCAGAGACCAUCCCCAAAGGUCAGAUGCUCUAUCCUGCAGUGUCUUUGAAGGGUCGCGCCUCCUUCAACUUCGGCCCGGAGUUCAAACACCCUGCUCCCAAAUUCAAGGGUUUUGCAGCGUGGCCUGGCAUGCCCGAUGGCAAGGUGCGAGCCGAUGUGCCGAUCAUUGGGGAUGAGAAUAAUGUGGGCAUCUACAAGGAGAUUCAGAUCCAUGGAGAGGUGAGCCUCAAGAAGAACGUGCAACGGCUGGUGGCGAACCGGAAGUACUUGGAUCGCACCAAGGACUCUCGCAGCUGGGCGGUGAUCAUCGAUGGUCUUGGCGUGGCCGAGGGAACCUACGGCCGCACCGGUGCAGAGAAGGGCACCAGCGUCUUCUCGCAGAGGGGUGGCGAUCAUUUGCUGCUUUGUGACACUGCCAAGAAGAUCUGGAAGGUGGUGCACAAAGACAAACAUGAUGAGAUCCUUGCUUGGUCUGAAGCGGUGGCAAAUCAUCCACCGAUCCAUUCGCGCCAGGAAGGCCGCACCAUGGAUCCUCCCCGUUCGGGAUGGGAGGUGCCCUACGAGAGCCGAGGUUCUGUGACGCAGGAUAUCUUCAAGAAAGCCAUGAAGGACUGGGCUGGCUGGGCCUUCCCUGGGUCGGGUCAUUUGUGUGCUGGGUCGGGUCCAUGGUUGGACACCGCCAUGGAGAGUUGCCGUGUGGGUGGAGUGGGGGCCCCGGAAACAAAGCAUCAGAAUGGCUUCAUUGAGCAUCUUCAGUUGGCUUCGAAGGAGAUCGGUCUCAGCGAUGGGGAGUGCAAAGCGUUGAUCUCCGCCUUGGGAAAGAACUCCAAGGUGUAUCGCCACCAGGAGAAGACCAACUUUGUCAAGGAGACUGGAGAAGAAGAGAGAAAGUCACUGUUGUGUCCAGAGGAGUGGGCCAAAGUGAACAACGGCAAGACCGCAGAUGAGGCUUGGACUGCCUGUGUCAGUGCGGUGCAGCAAGGAAUGCUGAAGGAGCAUGGCAUCAACGAAGGUCGUGUGGUGGAGACAGAACAUCCCUACGCUGCCAAGAGUGCGCGCUGGAGCGAGACAGUGCGCUUCGAGAAUGCCAAGCAAUUGCAGGUCAGCUUCUCGAAUCGCUGUCGAACCUAUGACAGUUGCGCCUCCGUGAGUGUCCAUUCAGGCAGCCUCAGCAAGGCCAAUGCCGGAGUUGGCGCCCGAGUGCAGGUGCAGGCCAUGGCCAGCGACGCCUCGAUCCAUGGCACUCUCACGGGGCGCCUGGAGGGGCAGAAGUGGAGCGUCCGCAUUGACCACGAUGAGGCAGAGAUUUCUUCUCAGUUCCGCGAGUGGUUGGAGGCAGACCCUGCGCGUAACAGCAUGGUCACGGUGGCUCAAGAGGUGACCUGUGUUCACCGGGCGCCGGUGAAGGUCGCGGGCGAUGAGAUUCAUGGCUUCCAUUUGGACAUGUCCAGUCCCAUGACGCCUUUCAGUGUGACUGGCUUCAAGAGUAUGGGCCCAGCACAAGAGGAUGGCGUGAUGGUGGGCUGGUACUUAGACGUGGACGCCUUGAUCCAAGAGGAGUCGUUCCAAGAGUUGGAAGCUCCGGAGCUCGGUCCCUGCCCGACCUGUUGGGAAGAAGCCACUGCUGAUCUGCAGUCCUUCCAAAAACGCUUGGAUUUGAUGCUCCGGGAGGCCCGGUGGGGCCUUUGUUGGUGCAACGGUCUGGACUUCAAGCUGCUACCAGGAGCUCAUGCCACCUAUGACAAAGAACCCUUUAUGCCUCUCUGCAUAUAUUUGCGGAUAGCAGAGGGAGAUGGUCUGUUGGUGACGAUCGGCUCCUUUAAGGAGGAGGGUCCCGCACAGCAGUCGGGUGCACGCGAGGGUUGGCAGCUGAAUUUGGUCGAGACCUUCAAACUGCCCUCGAACCAAAGGUCCUUCGGCCAGCUCAGCCGCCAGCAGGUCUUGGAGGAUCCAGAGGCGCUUCUGACGCUUGGCAUCGAGCUCCGCUGGGAGACGGACGGCGACGGGAGCCAUUCCGCCGAGAGCCGCUGGGGCUUCUUCGCACUGGUCACGCCGGACGAUGGCCGGACGCCGCUCGGCACUGGUCAAGCCGGAGGUCAAUGCGGACCUCGUGGGAUGGAACAGGGAUCGGGCAGGAAUGGCAGGUGUGCGUUUAUAAGGCCGUGUUUCUCCAUUUUUUUGGGGGGGUGUAGGUGUAGGGUAGGGUAG